AUGGUUUUUCGCAAAUUAUUUUCGAUGCAAUCAGUAGCGACAAAAAUUUUUCGUGACUCUUGCUUGAAACCUCAAACUUUUACUUCUCCUUCAUUUGUGAGAUUCGCUCACAGUAACAAUCAGGAAACUUCUAAAGAAAAACCACUGCCUCGAUUAAUUUACAUGGCAAAUCCAUUUAAACACUGUUGGGCCAAAUUCAACAUGAAAAUGCUCAAAAUGACCUGGGAUCCGGAAUUUUCUGAAGAAGAAUUCAAUAAAGGCGCUUCUAAAGCCGUUCUUCAAAUGACGGAUUUAGUAAGAAACGGCGACGUGCUGACAAUGCAAAAAGUCACCACAAAAAAGGGUUUCGAGCAAGUUUCGCAAGAUACCGUGCUGUCUUCGGAUGAUCCGCGUCUCAAUUUGCUGCGAUUUCGUCACGAAGACAUCAAAAAAAUCCAUCCGUUGAACGUGCAUUUUGUCGACAAGGAUGGGGCGCAUCACAUUUUCAUCGACAUGUUCUUCGCCAUGAUGCGACCCGUGGAUUGCAUGGUUGCGAACUCAAAUUCGUCACUUUUGCUGGAUAUCAAAAAGAUCGAGGACUCUUUGAGACAGGAUCGGGACUCAAGUAGAGCCAUUCCAGCAAGUACGGAAGACACGGAGGACCAACGACGACUGAUUUUGGCGGAAAUUUUCACGAGAUUUCAUCGCGAAUAUCCGGAGGGGAAGGAAAACGUGCCAAAUUGGGACAUUGAGUUCUAUAAAGUGGCAAAAAUGAAGAUAAUUUACGCGAAAUAUUAA